CUUCCACAAGCUCCACCAAGCUGCGAAAAGUGUCACAGGGCUUGUCAAGGACCAUGGCAGAGCACCCCGGGCUUCAGCGUAAGACCUCAGCUGUGGUGGAGUCCUUCAGCCAGGUUCAGAAAUCCUCCCAUAUCCCCGAGGGAGAUUCUGUCCCAGAUUUUGAGGAGAAGCUGCGCCCCAUCACUGCCCAAGAGGGUGACAACGCAGUCUUCAGGGCCAAAGUGAUGGGGGAUCCCCGGCCCAGUGUUAGCUGGGAACGAGCCAGCGGUUGCCCACUGUCUGAUGCAACUAAACCUUUCUAUGACAACAUCAACAAUCAGCAUAUACUCAAGAUCAAAAACUUGGCCCUGGAGGAUGCUGAUGUCUACAAGUGCAUUGCUUCUAACAAGCACGGAGAAGCCAUUUACUCCAUAUCCCUCAUUGUUACAGAAAAUCCGGCGUUGGACUUCAAAAAGAUGCUGAAGAAACGAGCUCCAGCAAGUGUGGAGAAAAGAGAGAAGAAGCCACCUACAGAGGAGGAGAUGUUAAAGAUCCUGUCUGGAGCCGAAAAGAAGGACUACGAGAGGAUCUGUGCCGAGUACGGCUUCACUGACUUCAGAGGCAUUCUUAAGAAGCUGAAGGAGAUGAAGAAGAAAGUGGAGGUGGAGAUGGUGCGUGUGUUGAAGCCCCUGGAGGACAUUACUGCCAACACUGACACCAACGUCGUCUUCGACACCAUCCUGGAACUGAAGGAUCCAAACAUCAGGAUGCAAUGGUUUCUGGGCACGGAGCUGCUUCGGAUCCAGUACUCUCAUGGGAAAUAUGAAGUCAAACAGAUGGGAACCAAGCACAUGCUGUGCAUUUCUAGCGUCAGCCGCAGUGACAUGGGUAUCUAUGCUCUGCAGGUUGGAGACAAGCGACUGUCAGCCAGGCUUAACGUUAUAGAUGAACCUCUGAAAUUCCUGUCUGACUUCAAGCCGAAGAAAGUGACAGAGCGCCAGACCGCCAUGUUUGAGGUCCGUCUCUCCAAGAAGACAGAUGCACCGCUCAUCUGGAAGGUAAAGGGAAAGGAAGUAAAAAGAGAUGAAAAGUUCGACGUGUCCUUUUCUGAGGAUGGCCUGACCUACACUUUGAAGAUUAAAGAUGUGAAAGUCAGUGACACUGGAGACUACACCAUCAGCAUUGGAGACCUCACUGCCACUGUGCCGCUUUUCAUUGAAAGGAUUCCCAUCAAGUUUACCAGCCACUUGAAGAAUGUCCGUGUGCAGGAGAGAGGUAAGGCCCGCCUGGAGUGCGAGAUGAGCUCCAAGGACGUGCACAUCCGUUGGCUGAAGGAUGGGUGUGACAUCACAGCGAGCCGUCGCUACAUCUUCGUGCGUGAGGGCAAGAGGGCCGAGGUUAUCAUCGAGGACUGUGAGCUGACAGACGGGGGAGAGUACUCUGUCGUCUGCACUCAGGACAACGACACACACCAAUAUGUCGCUUCUGCCAAUCUAACCGUGGAUGAGCGUUUUGCCUCAGUGAAGAGUGGUAUGUCAGAUGCUCAGUGUCCUACAGGCUCCCCUGCAGAGCUGUGUGUUGUUCUUGAUGAUGAGAAGGUGGUUGGAGUGUGGCUGAAGGAUGGAGUGGAGAUUUCAGAACUGAGUGGGGUUCAGGUGCUCAAACAGGGAGCCGUCCACAAGCUAAUCUUCUCUGGUGUGACUGAUGCCCAUGAGGGCAAGUACACCUUCAGAGCCAAGGGGGCUGAGAGUGAGGCUGCGCUCACUAUUUCAGACCCACCAGAGAUUGAUUCCUCUGUGUUGGACUUGUUGGGGGCCCGACCUGUGACUGUGAAGGCAGGCCAGACAGCCACCAUAAAGAUUCCCUUCAAAGGCAAACCGCUUCCCAGGGUAACCUGGUACAAGGAUGGGGUGGAAGUCACGGAGGAUGCGAGAACGAAGGUGGAGAGGACAGCUGACGGCACUUCCCUGGUGCUCAGCAGAUGUUUGCGAGAAGACAGCGGCGCAAUUAUGCUCCGUCUGAAGAGUGACUGUGGCACCGCUGUUGCCAACCUGCAUCUGAAUGUGAUUGACCAUCCAAAGCCUCCUCAAGGGAAAGUAGAGUUUCUAGAGCUAUCAGGAAAGUGUAUCAAGAUGAAGUGGAAGGCUCCACGGGACAAUGGGGGUAAGCAGGUGACUAGCUUUGUGAUCGAGCGGCGUGCAGCAGGUAAGAAGUCCUGGACCAGGGCUGGCAAGGUGGACAGCAGCACCACCGUCUUCAGCGAUGACGAAGUAGAGGAGGGCCAGGCGUACCAGUAUCGCAUCAGAGCUGUCAACGCGGAGGGAAUGAGCGAACCUCUCGAGACUGAGGAGGUGCGUGCUGGAGAGCCCAUAGAGCCUCCAGGCACAGCGUCCCAGCCCCAAGUGUCUAACAUAACUAAGAACACGAUGACAGUGAGUUGGACGCCUCCACCCCACGACGGAGGAGCCCCAGUUCUUGGCUACAUUCUGGAGAGGAGGAAGAAAGGCAGCAAUAUGUGGUUGCAGGUCAAUAAGGAGCUGCUCACAGAUACAAAAUUCUCUGUAGAUGGACUGGUGGAUGAUAUGGAAUAUGAAUUCAGAGUCACCAGCGUAAACAGGGCUGGAGCAGGCAGUCCUAGCACGGUUUCUAAUGCUGUGCUGGCCAAAGACCCAACACGUGCUCCUGGCCUGGUGAGGAACCUUUGUGUGUCUGACUCCACAAACUCCUCCAUUUCUCUGAGGUGGACUCCUCCAGAGCAGGGAGACGAACCCUCUGGCUACAUCCUAGAGGUGCGCCCCGAAGAUGCUAAAGAGUGGAUGAAAGCCACUAAGAUCCCCAUCGCUGGUACUGCCUUCACCAUUGGAGGACUUCAGGAGCGGAUGAAGUACCACUUCCGUAUUCGGGCUGUCAAUGAAGGAGGGUUGGGGAAGACCAUUGAGCUGAUGGAGGGUGUAGUGGCCAUGCCUCCACCUGUGGCACCCAGGUUUGAUCUCCAGGGAAAACUGAAGAACCAGAUGGUCGUCCGAGCUGGAACGGGACUUUGCCUUCACAUCAGCUUCAGUGCUUCACCUCCCCCGGUGGUAACCUGGUUCAAGGAUGGUGUCCUCACUAAAGGAAGGGAAGUCAUCACCAAGAACAAGUAUAACUCCCAGUUCCUCAUUUCCUCCUCUCAGCGAUCUGACUCUGGUGUCUACCGUGUCCACCUGAAGAACAAUUAUGGAGAGGCUCACUAUGAUGUUAAUGUGAGGGUUACAGACUUUCCGCGAUCCCCAAAGAACCUCCGCCUGGAAGAGGAGGUCCCCGGUACGGUGACUCUGCAGUGGGAUCACUCUCCAGACCUGGCUGACGACGAUGAGGGAGCACAUUAUGUCAUCCUCAAACGAGACACCAGCACUGCCUCCUGGUUCACUGUGGCUGAGCGUGUCUUCAGCAGCAAGUACACUGUCACUGGACUGCUUCCUGGGAGGAAGUACUACUUCAGGGUCAUUGCUCAAAACUCUAUUGGGGACAGCGAUCCCUUGGACUCAAAGGAACCUCUCAUCAUCGCCAAGGAGAAAGAGUGCGUCAGCAGCCUUCGGUUGAAAGAAUAUGCCUCACCACCACGUCAGGUAAAGCCUACAUUCCUGCUGCCGCUGAAGGACCACACUGUUCGCCGAGGACAUGACUGCACCAUGACCUGCGCCUAUCAGGGCAUGCCAGCUCCACAGGCCUGCUGGUAUAAAGGCGAAUUGAAGAUCUCUGAUUCCCCUCGGUUCUGGCAUAGCACAGCCAAUGGAGUGUGCACCCUGGUCAUCCCCACCUGUGGAGCGAAAGAUGGUGGAGAAUACACACUGGUGCUGGAGAACCAUCUGGGGAUGGCCAAAUGCUCCUGCAACUUGGUGAUCUUUGAUACGGAUGACAAGGGUCUGUUGGAGAGCCUGACCAACCAGGCAAACAAAGAGAAGCUUAUUUUGUGAGAAGUCUGCUUGAAC